UCUCUCUCUCUCCAAAAAAAAAGAUAGGAGAGAGAAAGGCCGCGUACUACACAACAUUCCAACUCAUAUAUAAACCCAACUCCCACACCCACCGUUCUCAAAAAAUCACAAACUCUCUUUCAAUCUCAAUUCUCAACGCAACACAACACAACACAACACAGAAAGAAAUCUCAUUCCUUUUCUCUGUCGUCUUUACUCUUUCACUGUCGUUUUUACUACUCACAUUACAAUGCCGAGGAAAAGCAAUGACGUGGCAGGGCGAGCGUGGAACAUCCUCCGUUUAGCGCUGUUAUGGGCGAGGAAAGGUGCAGUGUUUAAACGGCGUUUGAUGACGGAGCUCCGUUUGUUACCGAAAUUCGUUAAGAGUCUCGGCCACGACACUCCCAAGGACAUAAUCCGUUACGGCGAGCGCCAGCUGUCGUUCGAUGAGACCCCGAUUUUUCCGGUCAUUAAGACCAACGGAUCUUCGUCGAUGAGACACUUCCACAUCCCUUGCCUGAACCCGCCCACAGUAGAUUUCGACUACGAUUUCGACGGUCAAGACGACUACGUUUAUUACGGAGGCUAUAGCAAUAAUAAUGAUAAUGAUGGUGGUAGAAAGAGUUUUCUGAUCAAGGGUGGUGAUGGUGAUGGUAGUGAAGCUGUACCGUACGAUCAGGAAGAGAAUAUUGAUGAGAAAGCAGAGGAGUUUAUAACCAAGUUUUAUGAACAGAUGAAGAUGCAAAGACAGAUUUCUUAUUUGCAGUACAAUGAGACUACUACUACCUCUACUCCCAGAAGAAGCAUUUGUUAGUAGAGAGUAUAAACUGAGUAUUUUUUUACUUUUAUUUUUUUUGGUAGAAGAGAGUAUUAUUGUUAUUUUUAUUAUUAAUAUUGCGACAUUUUGUAGAUAAACUUUAUAAUAAAAAAAAAAAAGUAGAGAGAAUAAAUGAUAAGUUCAUUUUUUUUAUUGAGUUUA